GCUUAAGUUUGGUAGCCGAGACUUCAGACCAGGAAACCAAUAUAUAUAAACCUCAACUCCGCGUUGAAAUACUCAACCCCUUUGUCUCUCUUUUGUCAAAUACAGAAGUUCAAGCUUGCAUUCGCACCUGGUUUACUGAUUUCAAGCACAUCAUUAUCAUAUGUCGUCGGAUUCCUUGUUGGGUUUGCUCAGAGUUCAUAUCCACAAAGGUGUAAACCUUGCAAUUCGAGAUCUACGUAGCAGCGAUCCUUACGUUAUCAUCCGAAUGGGAAAACAGAAAUUGAAGACUCGAGUGGUGAAGAAAAACCUAAAUCCUGUGUGGGAUGAAGAUUUAACUCUCUCGAUUGUAGAGCCUCUUCCCGUUAAACUCGAAGUAUACGAUAGGGAUCUAUUUUCAGCAGAUGAUAGAAUGGGGGAUGCUGAAUUCGACUUCACUCCAUUCCUGGAAGCUGUAAGGAUGCGUUUGAAUUCUGAUAUCUUAAACAACACGAUCAUCACAACUGUGAAACCAACGAGGACGAAUUGCUUGGCUGAAGAAAGCUACAUAACAUGGACAGAUGGAAGAGUUGUGCAAAACAUGGUUCUUAGAUUACGAAAUGUUGAAUGUGGUGAAAUUGAAAUUAAAUUGAGUUGGAUCGAUGUUCCUGGUGGUGGUAAUAAACGUAUGUAAUUACUAAUUAGCCCUUACUCCAUUGAUAUAUGCUUGUGUAGUUAUUUCAUUCGUUUCCAGAGGUCUAUGUUGUAGUAGUAGAUUCAAACAAUAUCUCUGAUUUUAUGUUAACAAUGGAAUGGUAUUUUAGGGUUUUGAUCGAAGUCAAAACACUUGUUUUUA